AUGUCUUCCGGGCGACCGAUCAAGUGCGUUGUUGUCGGGGAUGGUACAGUGGGGAAAACUUGCAUGCUGAUUUCUUACACCACGGAUUGCUUCCCUGGCGAAUAUGUUCCCACUGUAUUUGACAAUUACUCUGCCCCUAUGGUGGUGGACGGAGUGCCCGUUAGCCUAGGAUUAUGGGACACAGCUGGACAAGAAGACUACGAUCGUUUGCGACCGCUUUCAUAUCCUCAGACCGACGUCUUUCUAAUUUGCUUUAGUAUAGUUUCACCAUCCUCGUUUGACAACGUGACUUCAAAGUGGUGUCCGGAAAUCAAACAUCAUUGCCCUGAUGCUCCAAUCAUUUUAAUCGGAACAAAAAUGGAUCUGAGAGAAGACAAGGAAACCCUUGCAAUAUUAGGAGAGCAAGGAUUGCAGCCCGUGAAGCGCGAACAGGGAUUGAAGUUGGCAUCCAAGAUCCGUGCCAUUAAGUACCUCGAAUGCUCAGCGUUGACCCAAAAAGGACUGAAACAGGUUUUUGAAGAAGCCGUUCGAGCCGUGUUGCGUCCUGAGCCGAUUCGGCGCCGCGAACGCAAAUGCACGCUCUUGUAA